GGUUGCCAUGGCUUUUUUUAUUUAUCAAGUUUCUUUGUUCUUUUGGUUUCUAAAAAUCCGUAAAAUGGCAUCCUCCAGCGCUGUCGAAGAUGAACACCUCACAGACUCCGAUUUAACCGAUGAUGAAGAGCGCAGUGUCGAGCCGCGUCAGGAAGAGCUUCGUCCUGAGACUCCGAAACCCUCUUAUAGCGACGAGGAACUGCACCAGUUGGUGGGUUAUAUACAGCGAAUGAGUGUGCUGAGCUGUUUGGAUCAUAGAGACUGGCAUGAGAGAACUCUGGACAUUAUCCGACGUUGGCUCUUGGAAGUGCACGAGCCACUGUUGACCAUAUACUAUGAUAAAGAUGCACUAUCCGCAUGUCUGGGUAUACCCACGACUUGUGUCUCGGAUCUUAGUUAUUUUCGCCGGGAACCGAAUGAAAUCUUUAGCGUGGACGGUUUCCAUGAUGAAGUCAACUUUGGUACCCUGACGAGCGAUGUGGAUGGUUGUUUGAUGGAGUUACUGGAUCGUUUGUACGCUCCCUACUUCCGGAACUAUCUGGAAUGGAAUGCCACGUUGCGAAAUCGAUUUUGCUUUAGCUUAGACCGGUUUCUGGCUUUCCUCACCGGAAUGCAUCACCAAAUCUCUGGCGUGGCCGUGCUGUAUGUGCCUUUUGUCAUUAAGGAAAUGGCAGCUGGACCCGUUGAUCGACAGUUGGUCAGGAGUCUGGAGGGUAUCGCUCUAUACUGGACCACGCAGAUUCGCACUUUGCUGGGCGAUGAUACGUUGACAGUACCCCAUGAUCUGGCCACCGUGCGGGAUGAGUUCGAGUUUUGGGAAUAUCGUUAUGAAGUUAUUCAAGGUAUCAAUGACCAAUUGGCUCAAUCAGACGUACAGAAGGUGUUGUUAUUAUUGCAUAACGCCAAUUCCGUUCACAGUCCCCAAAUGGAUUGUCUUAUAGAGAGAGCUAAGCAGGAGCUUCUUAAGUCUUUGUCAAAUAUCAAGUAUUUGCACCUGCUGAUCGAGCCCUGCUCGAAAAUCGAUGAGGCAGCAAGCCCGGCUGACUUGACGAAGCUUUUACCACGUAUAAUUCACCUUAUACGUUUCAUUUGGUUGAACUCUGAUUACUACAAUACCACUAGACUUAUUACUGGAUUAUUCCGGAAUUUGAGUAAUCAGAUAAUAAGAUUCUGCACGAAUCAAACAAAGGUCGAGGAGAUCCUUUCAGGAAAGCCGCGCUUUGGAAUCAAGAUAUGCAAUGCGGCCAUAGAUUGUUGCCUGGCUUACAGAGGAAUCUAUGACAAAAUAUCUAAGGAUUUAGCGCAGAAACAGACCCAAUUGGCUUGGGAUCUAGAUGAGGGACUUAUCUUUAACCAUAUUGAUGCCUUUGUGGAGCGUCUAAAUGAUGUGAUCGACAUUUGCGAAUCCAUGAUUGUGUUCGGUCGUUUGGAUGAAAAUGGGAGCAUACCGAAGCCUGCUUUUGGUGGCACUUGCGGUGAGGAGCUGGAGAAGAUUGCCGAAAGUGUGGAGCAUCAGUUUCUGGGUACCUUAAACCAUUUGCAGGACACUUCCCAGGCAUACAUUUUAAAUGUACAUCGCUCAGAUUGGUAUAAAGAUGUUGGCAAUUUUCGCAGAAGCAUGCAGAAACUCGAGGAGACGGUUCAGAGAUUGAUCUUUAAUGUGUUCCAGCACGUGUCCAAUGUGGAGGAGACUUUGGAGGCUCUCCAGGCCAUGUUAUUCUUCUCUUAUCGCCAGAGAGGAACUCUAAGGAAAACCUACCUAAAAGAAACGAGCAAGUUGUGGAGAAUGUUCUCCAAGGAAAUGGAUGAUACAUCAAGAAAGCUGUUGGAAGAGCGAAGACAAGAAUCGUGGUUAUCCAAAAAUGUGUCCACAGCUCUUAGUUACCGCAUUAAUUUGGAACGCUUGACCUGGCUAAGAGAUCGCUUGAAGAAUGCAGAAUGGCUUCCGCCUGUUAAAGAAUCCUCGCCAGCUUUAGUUAAAUUUGAUUCACUGCGUCACGAGUUCCAAAAAGAAAUUCGACAGGCCUACGAAGAUUGGGUGGUUAAGUGUUGUGGAGUUUCCGGAGAUCUCUGCCAGCGCUUGGAUCGCUAUCUGAUUGUUCGGAGUAAAAAAUUUAAAGGUCUCCUGGAGUGCAAUAUUGACCCAUCUGUACUGGAGCUAUGUGAGCAGGCUCAGCACUUUGAAAGGAUGGGUUUCGCCAUCCCCAAUACUCUCAAAAAACUCUAUGAACGAUUCGAUGUUAUAAGAUCCUUAUAUAAUGGAAUAAUCCACCUUGCCCUCAGUCACAAUCGCAUUUUAAGUGUUCUCAGUGAACGAGAGAGGAAACUAUUUCGACCUCUGACACAAGCCUGUGACCGGCAGCUGGCUCCUGGGAUUUUCAAAAUUACCUAUGAAUCUGAACUAAAUGAGGAAUACUUCGAAGAUGGCAAAGAGUUCAUUGCAGAGUUUCAGGAGCUGGUUCAUAUAUUCAAGCGUGCGAAUCGGGGCGUGGCCAGAAGUUGUGAGAAGAUUUGCGACACCUGUUUGCUGCAUUUUGCGUUCUCUGGCUCUGUGGAUAUGUCGGUGUUCCAACAGCAACUGUCCAGCAGGCUGAGUUCCUCCUUUGACAUUUUAAGGAGCUACUACAGCAAAAUAGUGGAGCUGUUGUCGGCCUUUAGUCGACAGUUCCAGUCAGUGGAGGACGAGAUGUCUGUGGAAUGGAUAGCCUAUGUGAACGAUAUGGACGACAUGCUAGCCAGCUCAUUAAUGACCAGUGCCCGCGGUUCCUUGACCAAACUAUACGAGGCCCUGCACUGCGACGAGGAUAUGGAGUCUGCUCCCGUAAUAGUCCUUGAAUCGGACGUGAAAGAUGGUGAAAUUGUCUUUAGUCCCGACAUGAAUGCUAUCGCAGAUAUGAUAAAUGGAAUCGUGGACAGUAUUCGCAGCAUGUUGGAUCAAUUUCCGCGACUGGGAUACAAACUAAAGCUCCCUAAAAAGCAGCAGCGUCAGGGAUUCGCCUGUGUUUUCAGAGAGGAUCAGGAAUGCUCGGAGUUGAUGAGAAGCAUUCAAGCGGAGAUCGGUAUUCAGCGCGAGGCGAUAGCCAAGUACGAAUCAGUAUGGAAUCAACAUCGUGUUCUGUGGGAGACCACGGAGGAGGAAUUCCGGCAGCGCAUCCAGUCCAGUUCACGGACAGCUGGGGUCUUUGAAGGUGGAAUCGAGCACUACAGUGCUCUGGCGGAUGAUGUCAUCUUCGAGGAUGCCAUUACAAACGUCUACUUUAUUCUGGUCAACCAGAAUGCUCUGAAGACCACCAUCCUAGAUUGGAUAGAAAAGUGGCAGGCUCUGAAUAUCAAAAUGCUGCUGGAUCAUGCAAGCAACUUGAUGAGGGCCACCUACCGAUACAUGCGACGUAAUGAGAGGAAUGUGUUGAAGGUUCCUCGUACCAUUCGUGAAACCGUGGCUGCCAAACAGCUUCUUGAACAACUCCUCAAAGAGGUUCCACUGAAGCAAUCAGCCUUUAGUCCCAUGCUGGAACUCUUUGUGCUCCUACACAAAUAUCAGGUGCAGCUAACCGAGAAAACACAUCAGCAAGUGAUGGGAUUGGAGUCUGCUUGGCUGCACUACCUCCAAGUCCUGGGAGAGGCGGAUGAAAUGUUGGAUAAUGAAGAUAGUGAAACCAAAUUGGAGUUGGCCAAACACGGCGAAAAGUUCAAGUUAAUACUAAAAGAGUUUCUCGAAGAUUUCUACUCGAAGUUACCAAAGAAAUGA